CAGCCAUCACGCAGUUGAGUUGCGCGUGUGGUGAAGAACGUGAGGCCCCGCGAUGGCCAGCAAGGAGCCGAAAAAGUGCAAGCGCUGUGACAAGGAUGUGUUCCAUAUGGAGCUCCUUAAGGCGGAGCGCGCCUUCUGGCAUCGCGCCUGCUUCAAGUGCGCCGAGUGCGAUAAGCAGCUGCGGAUGGACACGUACCAGAGCCACGAAGGAGUUCUCUACUGCAAGCCCCACUUUCGAGCCCUCUUCGAGCCGCGCCCCGUCAAGGAGGCCCCAGAGAAUGCGCAACCGCGCAAGCUCGAGGUGAUCGUGCGCGAGAAUCAGCCGGCUGAGCUGCCGCCGGACGUGGUGCGGUCGAGCGACAAGCCCAGCCUCGGCCUUGAGGACUUGCAGACCGUGAAUCUUCGCGCUCGCUACCAGAUGUUCGAGAAGGGUGGCCCCGAGAAGGCCCAGCGCUCCGAUGCGCCGCCACCCACCAAAGCCGCCGUCAAUGCUCGCAUUGCGAACUUGGAGACGGGUAAAGGAGCUUCGGAGGACGGCGAAGGAGAAUCCAGCGAGGAGGAGGGUGGUGGCGGAAAUUUCACGGAGCGCCUCGGUGUGCGUGAGAUGCGUGACAUCCGGCGCCGCUUCGAAGACGGCCACAUGGCGCGUGAGGAGCGUCGCGAGGAGCGCAAACAGGAGAUCCAGAACAUCCGUUCGCGCCUCUUCAUGGGCAAGCAGGCGCGCAUCAAGGAGAUGUAUCAGCAGGCCGUGGCCGAGAGCGAGGCGACGACUACUGCGCAGGCCAAAGACGUGACCGUGUGUCAGGAGGCACGUAACAUCCGGGAGCGCUUCGAGCGCGGCGAAGUGUUCGCUCAGCGCCAGGCGCCUUCUGGUGACGACGUAAGUGAAUUGGUGCAGCACGGAUUGGCCAAGGCCAGUCGUAGCAUCUUCCAGGAGCUGGACACCGGCGGACCGCCGCCGCCACAGCGGCCGGUGCAGCGAUCUGCGUCGCAACUGGUGACGCCGCCGGCGGACGUGCGCAGUGACUCACACCAGGACUCCGUGAAGGUGGAGACGGCUGAAAUCGGCUCUCGCUUCCGAUUCUUCGAGACAUAUCAGCCGAAGGAGCAUCAGCGGCGGGAGUUCCGCAUCACGCCGCCACGUGAAGGCGUCGUGCGCAUGCCAUCGCCCGAGAAGCCCGAGUACGCCGAGUGGCCGCGUGUGGAACUGGAUGACGAGGCGCGCUGCACAGCAUCGAAGAUGCUCAACAUCUUCCGGCAGAUGGAAUUGGAAGAAGAGUCGCAGGACUCCAGGCCACCAAAGCAACUCACGCCGGAGCGCAAUGGCCAGGAAGCCAAGGCGGCACAGCUGCGAUCCAAGUUCGAGAACUGGGACUUUGAGGGUGUUCAGCGCACUCCCAGCACUGUAAAGUUGCUUGAGGAUGACGCCGGAGAGUCGCAGAUCGAGAGCACGAAGAGCCUUUCGGCCAAAUUUGAGUCGCUGCGCGAUGAAAGCAACGUCUAUCGGUCACGUCAGAUGAUCAAAGUCAAUAGAUUUGUGUGACUGGAGAGUGACGACGAUGAAGCUGAAGAGUUGAAGAGGCGAUAAUAAAGAAGCUAAAGAAAUUAUAUUUGGAGAAUCUCUUUGGAUUUCCGCCUAGAAGAGUGAAGUGCUCGCAUUCGAUUACAGCUGAAGUCGUGAAUAAUUGAGAAGGUGUUCACAUGUGAACAUUCAAUUUUUGAAGUGCUCCAUUUCCCCUGUUUCAUAUCUCAAAGUCAGUACAUAUUGGUACAUAUGAAUUCAAGAUCUGUGAGAGCUUUUCGCCUGUGGUCCCAUAAAGUGGGAAAAUAUUGAGGAUAUAAAGAAUAAAGAUGAAUGUUUUACUGCAGAAAA